CAAAGCAUAAGAGAGUUUUCAUCGGUUUCCUAAGUUACAUGAAAUUCGUCGAUUGUUAGGAAUUUAUUCUUUUUUCAUUUCGUUUCUUUUUUUCCUUGAUUUUUUUUGCAACCGUAGUAUGGAGGGGAAUCUGAUUCAAGAACUCAACAAGUGUGUAAACGAGAAAUUUUCCGGAGCUGUGUUGGCUCGAAAUGGACUAGCAAUUGCAGUUGCCGGAACCAUAUUUCCAGAAGAAGAACGUUUCGUCUGUGAAUGGACUAGUUCAGCUCCUUCAGAAGUCUUAUAUAUACCAAACACAAAGAAAAAGAUUUUGGUGUGCGAAAAAGAAUCCUACGUUCUUGGUUUGGCAUAUAACAAUCCCUGAUUUGCUCAUGGUGUACACAAGAAAAGAUCCAAAAAAACAAAGAAAGCAAAUUUCUUGUAUUUAUGACCUGCACAAACAAAACGUCCCUCCUUCCAUUAUUUGAAUAAAAAUGAUUUUUCUACCUUUUUAUACAUAGAACUCAGAGCUAUGUCAACUACUAGCUUCUCUCUUUUACUGAUCUAUUUUUUCUUAAAAAAAGAUAAAUGUUAUAAAUUCUUUACUAAUACUAUAACGCGUCUCAUAACAAUUGAACUCUCAUGAAAGAAAGACAUGGCAAAGGUAAUAGUACCGUCUGCAUCGGUGUGAAAGUUGACUCUGAAAAAAGUUAGUCAGUCACUCAAUUCUUAUUUCAAACAUAAGGACACUUCAACCAAACUCGUCUUUGCUGUUGUGUCUUUCUCAAUCGUACCUGUCAUCGCGAUAGUCUAGUGUGCUAAAAGUUCCGGGAGGCAAAACUCUAUAGGAACCAGGAAGCUCCUCUUUUGGAUAUGUCUAAAAUAUUAUGGUUAGUGUUUCAACUUGGAACACUCCUAAAAAACACUAGGCCUGUCAUUAGGUUACGCACAUUUCGUGGGUCACUUUGGUUGGAAAAGAGGCGCUUUCCAACGUGCUUGGCUUCAGCAAGAGGAGGAGGCACAUUCAUUUCAGAAUUCAUAGCUGGACUCAUUUUACCCUCUCAACGUAAUAAAUGUUGCAAGGUUGAUUUUUAUUUCUUACAAAAAAUUGUAAACAAAGAAAGAAUUUAGUGAAAGUUGUUAUCUCGUGGAUUUGAUGUGAAUUUGUGUUCGUCGAGUCGCUCUAAUAUAUAUUCCCA